CGGCUGAAAAUGAAUGUACCGCUCCUUCACAUUGUUGGAUUUUAAACUUUAUACGGAGGUGAAUAACGUGUACGCAUUUGUAUUAAGGUUUCAUUUCAUGGGUCUCUCCAGCUACCAGUGUGUGCAGUGAUAGUGAGACAGCAUGGGUCUGUUAUCCGACCCGAACCGAAGGAAGGCCCUGACCAGUCUCCUCACCCGCCUUAACACACCGAUAUGUGUGGUGUGUUACUUUGCGAGCAUCGCCUGGUUCAUGGGCUUGGCUUUCGAACCGUUCACCUUGCGCACGUACAUGUCAGAGAAUGCAAUGGGUUCCACCAUGGUGGAGGAGAGGUUUGCUUCAGGUGAGAAAGCCAUGGCCACUGCACGGGAGUUUGCAGGGCACAAAAAGAAGGUUGGAGGCAUGCCAGUAGACUGGUUGGUGGAGACCAUGAAGGCCAGAGGGCUGGAGGUUUUCACUCAGAGCUUCUCACACACUCUGCCCUUCCCUGACGAGAACAAGGAGCGUUAUAUGGUUCGAGGCACUAACGUGUACGGGAUCUUGCGCGCUCCUCGAGCACCACGAACAGAAGCUUUGGUGCUCAGUGCCCCCUGCAGCCCAGACAACGAAAACAACCAGGCAGUGGGUCUUCUACUGGGCCUGGCCCAGUAUUUUAGAAGUCAGAUUUACUGGGCGAAAGACAUCAUAUUUCUGGUGAAUGAGCAUGAUCUCAUUGGCAUGCAGGCCUGGCUGGAAGGUUACCAUCACACGAACAUAACUGGUAUGGAGUACUCACCGCUCCAGGGUCGAGCGGGCUCCAUCCAGGCUGCUCUGUCACUGGAGCUCAGCAGUGACGUCGUCACCAGUUUGGACCUGGUACUGGAAGGCCUUAAUGGGCAGCUCCCCAAUCUAGACCUGGCCAACCUGUUUCACGCCUUCUGCCACAAACUGGGUGUCCUCUGUACAAUCCAGGGAAAGCUCCAGAGGAGUGACUGGGACAGUGUCGAGGGCUACACCCACGCUGCCCAAACCAUGAUGCUGAUGGUGCUGAAGCAGGCGAGCGGCCGGUCUUGGGGUGACCAUGGUCUCUUCCUCCGCUACCACAUCGAAGCUGCCACCGUCCGUGGCAUUAACAGCUUCAGGCAGUACAAGACUGAUGCCAACACGCUCGGCAGGUUGUCGGAGGGAAUGUUCCGGAAGCUGAAUAAUCUCCUGGAGCGUCUUCACCAGUCCUACUUCUUUUACCUGAUGCCCUCACUCUCUCGCUUCGUCUCUAUUGGCUACUACAUGCCCGCGUUUGGCCUGCUGGCGGUCAUUCUUCUGCUCCGUGCGUUGGAUCUUUGGGUUCAUAUGGGGACUCCAACACCAAUAACGGAGGAUGGAGUCGGCGCUGUAGAACCGCCAUCCAGUCCGAGUGUCCUGUCAAUACUGACCCCAAUAGUGAUCAGUCACUUGACUGGCGUGGCUUUGUACACCCUCCCCGUCCUGUCCCAGGAGACCGCGGUAGAGCACUUCCCUGUGUCCGAGACCGAGGCCGUGGUUCUCACCGUCAUCGCCAUCUACACCGCAGGCUUUGCGCUGCCACACAACACACACAGGCUGAUCAGUGGUGAGGGUACCGAGCAGGGCUGGAGGGUGCUGAAACUGGUGGCUCUGCUCUACCUGGCUCUGCUGCUGGGCUGCACGGCUCUCAUCAACUUCUCCCUGGGCUUCAUCCUGGCCGUCACGCUGGUCCCUGCAGCCGCCAGCGUCACACCACACGUGCCCAAACUUCUGGGUGCCUUGGCUCUGGUGCUUCUCAGUCCAGGCUGCGUACUCCUCUACUGCAUCAUCCUCUUCCAGAGCCUGCAGGAGGCGCCAGUUACGCUAUCAGAGUGCUUCAUGCUGUUCCUGUCGGUCAUCUCUCAGGGCAUCCUGGACCACGCCCUCUACGGCUCGCUGGUCUACCCCUUGCUGGCACUGCUCAUUUACCCCUGCUGGCUGCUGUUCUGGAACGUCCUGUUCUGGAAGUAAAGGGGCGUGAACUGAUCCCAGUGCCUACAUGUGCCAGUCAGGAAGAUCGAUCAAAAGCUGCCGACUGGCCGGAUCAGCCUGAAUAGUGGUGCAUUAAGAGGGGCGGGGCUCGGUGUAAGUCCAUGGAGUGAGUGGUCAGAAAUGUGCUCGGGGCUACUGAAACUAAGGACAGUUGAAUUUAAGAUGUAAGGGAAUAAAAAAGGGGGGAUGCUGGGGGUGAUGUUUCCUCCUGAAGAGAUUUCUUUCUGUUAUCAUAUUUUGUUGGUAAAGCUGUUUGAAGUGGCACGAUGUGCCCACAAGCAGGAUAUGAUACCCAGUCUGUGAACCAAAUUAGAUUCACUUGGCCCAAAAUGUCUAAUAUGCUACCAGUGCAGUGCCAGAAUGGCAAAUGGCAUUUUCUUCUUUGUUUUUAGUCAAUCUAGUCAUAUCCAAUUCCCCAGUCUACAGCAGAACACUACCCUGCCCUAGCAGAGACACGUGUACAGGGUUCACACUGUCGGCCAGGUGGCGCCCAGGUGGUGCAGCAGGAUAUUCCGCUACAGUCCCCGGUUCGAAUCUCAGCUCUGCUCCCGGUCGGCUGGGCGUCAUCUAGCGUCAUCAAAUUGGCCAUCGAGUCUGCUGGGUGGGAAAAAGGCCGGACUAAAGUGGGUGGGGUCUUCAAACGCUGUGUAAGGACCCUGGUUAGCAGACUGAUCCGCCUGUACAGAAGUGGAGGAGCCUCAUGGGUGAAUGAGGAGGGUCGAGGGACUGCGCACGUGUCUGAGGGGGCGUGGGGCAGGCUAAUGUGCCCUCCUCAAAUGCAACUGGGAUCUCCAGCAGGGGCGGACUAAUUGGCUCUGCUAAAUCGGGAGGAAAAUGGAGAAAAUGCAUUACAAAAAACAGCCAGAAGAGGACGCCGUGGCAGCUGCAAUGAGGAAUCCGUUCCAUCAGAAUCAUGUCUGUGUAAGUCGGCCGCUAGCAGAGCUAAGAUUCGACCUCGAGAGCUUGAGAAUUCGGCAGUGGUGGCAGGUGAUAAGAAGGCCAGCGUGUUGUACCGUGGCACCACCCAAUUGCUCGUAAUAUUGUUUUUUUAAACAGUGACAUAGUUUGCAUGUGAUCCAAAUAGCACCGACAGACAAACGUUCAGUCUCAUCCGGAUGGAAACCGCAUAUUGAUGUCAGUGAAAUUACACCACCGUAUAGAACAGAGUCUUUCAAACCCUGGGCCCCGAAAAAAGUGAGAGAAAUAGUCACAGAGAGAAAUAAUUAUAAUUAAAUAAACAAAUUUUUACCUACACACGAACACCUCCUUGUGGAGGCUUUAUGUUUUAACUUGUAAACCACAGUGGGACUAGUUUGGUACCAGUUUCAUUGAUGAAGUAUAUUUCGUUCUGUGUUUUGUUUUGAUACAUUUUACUUGGUCACUUGAAAAAACCCUGGUAUAGAUCACUAAGGUCCACUUAACGCCUGGAUCGUUUUGUGUGUUGCCUGGGUCGCGUAAGAAAUCAUGGACAGAAUGUGGGUUGCUUGAAAAAAGGCAUACGCUAGCACACCAGUGCUGGGAUUUGGAAUGUAUUGUAUCGAAUCUCGGCUCUGCCAUCCGGCUGGGCUGGGCGGCUAUAUGAGCAACGUUUGGCUGUUGUUCAUCCAGGGAGCGAGCCGGAUAGGGACCUCAUAACUGAUGCAAUUACGACCUCUGCUGGCUGAUUGAUGGCGUCUGCACACAGUAGAGGAAUAAUGCUGAUCAGGGUGUGGCUCUCCCCAUGCACAAGGCUGUUCGGCAUAUAAACUCGCCUCGUGCAGGUGAAAAGAUGCAGUCGGGUACUGCUCACAUGUCGGAGGAGGCGUGUAUCGGUUCGCUCUCCUCAAUUGGGGCAGGGGUCAGCACCAGUAGAGAGGAAGCAUGACGCAAUUGGGUAAAAAUUGGACGCGCUAAAAUCGGGAGAAAAAGCAUUUUAAAAAAUAAUAAAAGGAAAUAAUAAUAAUUAAAUAAACAAAUUUUAACUUGUACACGAACACCCCCUUGUGGAGGCUUUACGUUACACCUUGUAAACCACAGUGGAACCAGAUUGGCACCAAUUUAAUUAAUGAAGUAUAUUUCGUUCUGUGUUUUGUUUUGAUAAAUUUUACUUGGUCACUUGAAAAUACCCUGGUAUAGAACACUAAGGUCCACUUAACUCCCGGAUCCUUUCUGUAUGAUAAACCAUCAGUAGUGGUAAUCCAUCCGAAGAUGUGAAAAAAAAAAAAAACUGCCGUUUGGAUUUGUUUUCGGUAGGAAAUGCAAUGCCAGAUGAAACUGAAAGUCCCUUUCUAUGCUGCUGCAACAGCCACGUCUUUACACAACCUGGUGGAAGAAAUACAGAAUGCAUAGCGUGUUCUUCUUUUUGUCUUAAAGCUUAAUGUUGGAAAUUCGAAACAGAAAAAACGGUCACGGCUUUACAGGCGUGUAAGACGUGUGCUGUCUUGCCGACUUUCUUGACCAGUGUGGGUGUGGUGCAUGAGGUGGAGGUCACAAAGGUGGAAGUGCAAUAGGGAAUUUGAAAUGACUAAAUUUGGCGAAAAAGUGGAAAUCUAUAGCAAGUUAGCAACAAAAAAGUUAAACGUUAUAAUUCUAACACAGCAAGAGUAGUCAGGACUGAAACUGGAAGUGUGCGUCCUUGUUUACAUUAAAAAAUGACCAGGGGGAUCCAUACGGUUCCACUUUAAAUCCCCUCAUGGGGCUAGACCAAAUCACUAUGAUUGUACACUGCAGACAGUAUUUAAGCAAUAGAACACAAGAGGUAAUAACACACAACCAACCUCGAGUGUUCUGUUGCUUUUAUUAAAUUUUUUUUUUAAAUAAAGAAACACAAUAAAUAAAAGAAGCUCUGACUUUCUCACUGAAUUUGUCUUAAUACUGACGAACCUUCAGUCAAAAAGUAGUUCCACAACACAACAAUGACUUGUUUCUAUGCAGCUGUAACACUUUGUUAGCUUGGGUUUAGUCACAUGGAGCUUAGUAUGGUUCUCUGUACACGAUACAGCUCAGUGUGGGAACUUAACACUGGUAGGUGAUGAGAAGCGGUCGCAGACUGGACACAAUCAGAUUCACAAUCGGGUUUGGAAAUGACUAUAUUGAGAGCUAGACCAAAAUAUAAAGACAAGAUGAAAUAAACAGACAGAAACAUAAUACCUGUUUGCCAUUGUAAGCCACAUACGUGUUAAACAUGGUGUCAAAACCCAAAUAAAUAAAUUAAUUAAUUGGGAGAUUAAGGGAGAGGGGGUCCAGGAAAAAUACCAAAUAAGUGUAUUAUAAUGGCAUGUUUAUACUAUAUAAUAUGCGUGCACACACAAACACUAAACAAACUUAAUUAUUUGGAGCAUCUUCAGUAAAUGAGGUUUGGGAGCAGGCGCACAUCAUGCCGGCUGUUAGAGUCGUGGUCGUGAUGAUCGAAGGUCGAUCACGUCUCAUAUUGAUGUGAAUGUCCAGAACUGCUUACCAGGCCAGAUGAACUAAUUUUGCUAAUUUUACUGAUAUUUUUACUAAUUAUUUAUGUUGUCCUGUUACUAAUGGAUGAACUUUUUAGUUAAUAAACUGAUUAAAAACAAAA